UUGAAUUCAGGUGCACUGUUUUCUACAUCCUCUAGAUGGCUCUAAUGUACUGCGCUGUAUUGUAGAUUGUUUACUUUAGGUGGGAUGUGCAGAGAGCUGACUCUGAAAACACUGAAAUAUCAGGACUGGUUGAAUGUGGCAUGUGGUUAAUUUAAAGCCAGUUAGCAAGUUGGAAAUGUAAUUUCCUAUUUGCUCCUGAUGACCUAGUUGGUCUUUGGUGAUUUAUUCAAAUUGAUUAUAUCCAGUGGUGUUUGACCGGGGGGGGGGGUUCUACUAAGUAUAUAGUGCCCUAACCUGUAGAGGUGCCCCUUGAAUGUUUGAAUCUUGAAAUAACAAGGGGAGGAGCCCUCAGAGACCCCCUAUCUACAGGGCCCAGAAUUUUGUGCUACAUCCCACCCUGAGUUGGUCUCUUUGAUGCAGCCCAUGGUCAGAGAUAUUCAUGAGAGACCUAUUGCCGCUGAUAAUUUCACGUCUGAGUUUUGCAGUGUGUAUGACAAGAUAUGAGGGAUUAACUGUAUAAAUAUAAACAGUAUGUAUUUAUUUUUUUUACCAUGGGCUUAAUACAGUGGCUGCAGUCACAGAUAUAGGGGUUGGUUUGAAGAAUCAAUGACAAGGUGUAUAGACUGUAAAGAUACUUCGUGCGGUGUAAUGUAUUUGCCAAUUGAGCUUUCAAGUAUAUGAGUAGUUUGACGGGCGGAAAUUGCUUGUAAUUAAGCGAGCCAACCAUAAUAUCAGUAUCCGCAUAGGGGCGGGACAUAAUAGAUAACGUUACCCUCACGCCAAUCAAAACUAGGCCACCAUUUCCAUUGGCUGAUUGAAGUGUGAAUGAGGUGUUGCUUGUAGGAAAGCUCGCGGUGUUCUGUUGAAAUUCGACCAUAUAACAACUAGGACUAAAGACAACUAGGAACACCGAUUUACCGAAGUGAGAACAACGAGAAAUACGACCCAAGAGUGGAUUACGUGCAGAAGAAAUGUCAGAAUUCUGAAAUGGGAUUACUCAAGGAUUGCAUUGAUGUGUACUGCCGUUAUCUCAGAUUUAGCAUUAGCUACCUCUCAAGCUAGCCGAAUCGGAACAAUCUGUGGAUAACUGACUGGCUAGCUAACAUAGCUAACUGACGUUCAUUUUAAAUACUUACGGUUCAUCGCUAAAAGUACACGAAACGAAUGUUUUGUCUGUCAUGAGUCCAGCCGGAUGCCCCCAUGUGAACGGUUUCAAAGUGGAUAACUGGAAACAGAAUCUACGGGUCAUCUACCAAUGCUUUGUGUGGAGUGGGUCUGUCGAAUCCAGGAAACGCAAGGCCAAGUCGUGUAUCUGUCACCUGUGCGGCGCCCAUCUGAACCGGCUUCACUCCUGCCUCUACUGUGUCUUCUUUGGCUGCUUUACCAAGAAACACAUCCACGAGCACGCCAAAAAUAAAAGACACAACCUAGCUAUAGAUCUUUUGUACGGGGGGAUUUACUGCUUUGUGUGCCAAGACUACAUAUACGACAAAGACAUGGAACAGAUUGCCAAAGAAGAACAAAGAAAAGCUUGGAAAUUGCAAGGUGUAGGGGAGAAGUAUUCCACGUGGGAGCCCACCAAGCGAGAGCUGGAGCUGCUGCGUCACAAUCCAAAGCGUCGGAGAAUAACGACCAAUUGCACCAUCGGUCUUCGGGGGCUGAUUAACCUGGGCAACACAUGCUUCAUGAACUGCAUCGUCCAGGCCCUCACCCACACCCCUCUCCUCAGAGACUUCUUCCUGUCGGACAGGCACAAGUGUGAGAUGCAGUCCAACUCCUGUCUGGUGUGUGAGAUGUCCCAGCUCUUUCAGGAGUUCUACUCGGGCCACCGUUCGCCCCACAUUCCCUUCCGGCUGCUGCACCUGGUGUGGACUCACGCGCGCCACCUAGCGGGCUACGAGCAGCAGGACGCCCACGAGUUCCUCAUCGCUGCGCUGGACGUACUGCACCGCCACUGCAAAGGAGAUGAUAACGGGAAGAAGGCCAACAACCCUAAUAAUUGCAGCUGCAUCAUUGACCAGAUCUUCACUGGGGGUCUGCAGUCUGAUGUCACCUGUCAAGUCUGCCACGGAGUGUCCACGACCAUAGACCCGUUCUGGGACAUCAGUCUGGAUCUGCCCGGGUCCUCCACGCCCUUCUGGCCGCUCAGCCCCGGGGGUGACGGCAGCACACUCAACGGAGAGAGCCACCUCUCAGGGGCCACCACGCUCACGGACUGCCUGCGCAGGUUUACCCGACCAGAGCACUUAGGGAGCAGCGCCAAAAUCAAGUGUAGCGGUUGCCAUAGUUACCAGGAGUCCACUAAACAGCUGACCAUGAAGAAGCUGCCCAUUGUGGCGUGUUUCCACCUCAAACGGUUUGAACACUCAGCUAAGCUGCGUAGGAAGAUCACUACGUACGUCUCCUUCCCAUUAGAGCUGGACAUGACUCCCUUCAUGGCCUCCAGUAAAGAGAGCAGGAUGAAUGGACAGUACCAACAGUCUGUAGAUGUUUUCAACAACGACAAUAAGUAUUCCCUGUUUGCGGUGGUGAACCACCAGGGCACCUUGGAGAGUGGCCACUACACCACGUUCAUCCGCCAGCACAAGGACCAGUGGUUCAAAUGUGACGACGCUAUCAUCACCAAGGCCAGCAUCAAGGACGUGCUGGACAGUGAAGGGUACCUCUUGUUCUACCAUAAACAGUUUCUGGAGUACGAAUAGUCGUCUUCCCUCAGCAGUGACGUCAGCAGCCGCUGAAACCCGACAUCAGUGAGGACUGAAGCGGGCAGUGGGGUGUGUGGGGUGGGGCUGGGGUUUGGAAGGGAAAAGUAAACCAUAUCACUCAUCCUUUCUGCCUGCGAGAGACACUCUAAAACCAAUCUGCACUGAAAUAUUAGGGUGUAUUUGAUGGGGUGAAAUAUCGCAGCGUUGAGAACGAGAAGUGGAGUGUGACUGCGGAGGUUCUGUUGGAAGACGACGUGCUUCCUUCCUUCACUCCCACUUGGUCGCUCUCGUUCUUUCUCGCUCCUCCUUCUGUUGUUCCUGACAGGCAGGCAGAUGGAGGGACAAAUCUGUUGUCUUCAUGUUCAGUCGUUUUGGAAUGUUUCUGAAAUCUGUGAUUGCACACCCACACACCCAUCUGUGACCAAGCAUUUAAGAGGAGCAAAGAUGUUUGCUUGUCUUAUUUCUUCAUAUGCAUUAUUUUUGCCCUUAAUGCAAAACAAGCUGUCAGACGGUAUUAAGAAUAUUGCAAAGACGAAAAAAAGACUAUAAUCGUUGUUUGUGACUUUUUAGUUUUGAAAAUACUAUAUGAUGAAUCUAGCACACAUCUAUUUUUUAACUAAGGAAAAUUGCUUAGGAGUUGGAGAGGGGGGGGGGGUCGGGGAGUGUGGUUCUGGGAAAUCUCUCCUUCUCUUUUUAUGAGGGCAGGGAAAUACAUGUCUAUUUUUCUAUGUCAUUCUGAUCCUUGUUUCUGGUUUGUCGUGCUCCCCUCCAAACCAUGUCAUGUCUCCUCAUAAGACUGUUGUGGAGCCUGCUUGACCUUUUUAAUCGUUUUUUGUGAUAAUGGCAUAUUUGUUUUGCUGACGCAUGGGUCCCUUAUCAUUGUUCACUCUGUGCGACACUAUGGGGCUUUCGCCUAAAGGAGUAAUCCUGUAAAAUUAGGACGUUGUGUAAAAUUGUGUCAUAGCUAUAUAGUUCUCAGGCAGGACAUGGGGAGGGGCGUCAACACGCUGUUACAUUUCAUAAUGCCAAACCAGCCAGGAGAUGGUAUGGACGUACUCGUCUAGAACAUACUUAUGUGUAUCGUCAGGACAAAUUGUUCUUUGUUGUGGUGUUCAAACUUCUACUGGGAGCGCAGCUUUGAUCAAACAACUUUUGAAGGAAAGAAAUACAGGAAGUUCAAAUGUAGACAUUCCCAGGCCUUUAUUUAAAUGAACAGCAAGAAACAAAACAAUUAAGCCCUAUUUAAAUAACCAUUCAGCAGACACUCAUAUUCCGGAGUGACUUACAGAAGCAUAAAAUGUAUAUAUUUUUAAUCAGUAUACCCUUUGUUCCUUUGAUUCGGCAGCAUGCUUACUUCUGCUAUGGCACACCGGCCCCUCAUAGAGGGCGCUCUACCUAAUUUGAACUUUCUAGCAGGGUCCUUCCCCUCUUUAAAGGUUUACAUGGCCGCCCUUAUAGCGUGCUUUGAGGGACUCACUCCCAGGCCUACACAGCUUCCACCCGGCAUCCAAACCUCGAGGGGCGGCUAUGGCUGGGAUUUAGGCUGUGGUUUCCCUGGGCAUCACCUCAUACCUUCGCCUGGUCGUCACACUCCCUCGUAUGACAAUGCUCCUGGCUGGGGGAGGUGUGGGAGGAUUGGGGGGGGGGGUUCUUCAACAAUGGACCGGCUUAAAGAGUAAUGAAACCGAACCCAUAGUGUCGUACCGAGGAAGUGACCGAAAGGAAACAUUAUUGGAAUGUCUUUUACCCGAGUUCCCUGAAGGAAGAAAUGUGGUGCCACACCUCUCCAAUGGUGCGCCUACCUAUUGGGAUUAGUGGUCAGUGCGGAAAGUAAAGAGAAUUUCAUAGCAGCUGAAAGGCGUUUAUUCCAGUGGGAUGGGCGUGUUGAGCUUUCCAAGGUGCGACUGUGUUAAGUGGAUGCAGGUGGUUUGAGAACAAACCAUAGAGUGUUCUACCUUAUUCCUUCCCUCAGGGAGUGGGUUUGCAGACAUGACCUUUCCACGUGAAUAUGCUGUUAGGUGUUUGUGUCAGGAAAAGGUGAGCUCUGUUCCUACAUGGUAUGUGACUGUGUCCUGCCAGCGACUGUGGCUUGAUCUGACAGUGUUAACCCCUGGUCACGUGUUGCUGUGUGUUUGCGUGUGCGUGCGUGCGCGCGCGUGUGUUUAUGCACGUGUUGUGCGCGUGCGCAUGUUUGUGUACUGAAUCAGUACUUCCAUUAGCAUGCUGUCUACGAUGGGUACAUAGUUCUGUCAGAUGAGGGGUAUGUUUUUCACAUUAAUUAUGUAAAGAAAUGUAUGUACAGUAUGUAUGUAUGUAUGCUUAAAAAAAAAGAAAACAAGGUAUAAACUGAGUUCCUGUAUCCAUGUCGCUGGAAUCGGCCAAGGGUCAUUGUUAGAGUUCGACUACAUCCCCAACACUUUAUCUGCUGCAAGAACUGGACACAAUGAAAAUAAAAAUCUAUAUCUAUA